AUGGAUAACCCGCAACAACUUCAAAAUCACGCUAGUGCUGAAAACUCCAGCAAGACAAUUGGGAGGAAUGAACAGGCGCCGCAUUCACCUUGGGGUCCAAUGACUAUUAUCAUAGCAAGUUUCCUCGUCGUUGUCAUAUGCCUUGCCACAGUUGGUAACCUUGUGGUAUGUCGGCUUGUCUGGGUUUGUCGGCGCAUGCAGAUCCCGUCACUGUACUUUGUGGCUAGCAUGUCAUUUUCUGAUUUCCUCACGGGUUUGCUGGUUUUGCCACUAACUUUUGGCUACCUCGUUAGCUAUCAGGAUACAGGUCGAUGGACUUUUGGCAAUUUUACCUGCGACCUCUAUUUAUUCCUGAACUUUAUUCUGUGCAGCGCCUCCAUAUACAACUUGUGUGUGGUCAGCGGAGACAGAUACUUGGCUGUGACUUCACCACUAAAUUAUCUGUCACGCAUGAACGAAAGCAGAGUCAAGAAAAUUAUCGGAGUGUCCUGGUUUUGCGCGCUGAUAGUAGCCGGUUUCGUCACAUACGGCAGGCAUGCUUCCAAGGAAAACGACGUCAACUGUUCGAUAUGGGGUUUGCGAUAUGAGUACUCUGUUUUUGUACUGGUUAUAGCUUUUAUUCUACCGGUAUUUUUUCUCGUAUUCGUGAAUAUGAAAAUGUUUCUAAUUGCGCGUGCUCAUAUGACCAGAAUACACGUGCAAGAAAUAUCGCUGGCUCCUGUUUCGACGUUUACGAAGAACGCGCUGAGUCCAGAAGGAGAACCUAAGAAAACUAGUCAAAGAGCACGACUGAAACGGGAGAUCAAAAUAUUCAAAACAUUUCUCAUUGUCACAUGUACUUUUCUGAUUUCUUGGACACCAUUUGUCGUGAUUCUUUUAAUAGAUUCAAUCUCACCUGUCCCGGGUCUUAUCAGACGCUCUUCGAUCAUCCUUUUAUACUGCAACAGUGCUCUGAAUCCAUUCAUAUACGGCUUUUUUAAUUCCGAGAUUAGGAAGGCAUUGUCCGAGAUUUUUAGUCGUAAAUGUACUUUACCUUUUAAGAGAUAG